ACACGAACCGCACAUGCUGAAGCUGGACUCAGAGAGGAGCCUUUACCGUGUGGGUGUGUGUCGACGUGUGUGCCGGCACUUUGACACCCGAACGCCCUCUGCGCGCGCUGCUCCGUUCAGACAGGCAGACAGGCGAGCAAGCAAGCGCGAGAGACUCGUGCCAUUAAAAUCUCGUCUACGGACCCCUCCGUUGGCUGCGCGCGUCAUUACGCUACAACUACAACUCCUGGCGGCGCUGCUGCUGUCUGUCGACAGAACCCCAACGGCGCACCGAGAAGCACGAGAAACGCGCGCGCAAAAAGGUGCGAGAGGGACAGGCCAGCCGCUUGGGGACAAUGGGACCGUCCCCUCGCUGUUAAGCCAAGCAGAAGGCGGCAUGACCAAAACGGAGCAGAUCUGAACUUUGACAGGAUCCGCUUUGAUCUGGAUUAAUUGCGGCCGCAUCUGACCGGUGUGAAGAAGGGGACAAGAUCAGAUCAGAUCAGAUCAGAUCAGAUUAUUAUUAUUAUUAUUAUUAUUAGCGUGUCAAGGGAAUAGCUAACCCACACUAUGGCUCGUGGAGACAUUCGACUGGGGACCUGGCAGGUGCUGCUGACCAUCUCCAUGUUCAUCAUCCCUCUGUGUGCACAUAACGGGCGACAUUCGCUGGCCAGACGUCAUCCUCACCACAACCACUCGUCCGUCCACAAGGAGGCCUUGGACACCAGGAUGGUUCUCAGUGACGACUCAGCAGAGAGAGAGCACCUGAUUGGAGCAGGAGUCGGUGCCAGGCUCCCACUCAGCUCCAACAGGCAUCACCACUCUCACAAACGCCACUACUUGGAUUUUGUAGAGGAGGACCAACACGGGGAGGAGCUUACAGCCGGAGGGGCGGGGCCAGACCAUCCUGGGAACCCGUUAUCCGAUGACGUCAUCACGGUGGCGUUUCACAGUCCAGCGCCAGAUGUUGUGCCCGCCGACGUCACUCUGGAUUGGGCAAAAACUCCCAAAGCUCAAAAGCAGAGAGGUGGAGAACCUAAUAAAUACUCUCUGACUGAGUACUACGACUACCUGUCCUCUGACAACGACGUCUCAGCAGUAGACACGACCCCAGAACCUGAUCCGACCCCUUCGCCUCCACCAGACAUGGAGGAUGAGAAUCCGCUCCUGGCAGGUUCUCCGGUGAUCCGCAAAAACUCAAGGCCAAACACCAGUGGUGGGUCAUCUUUGCCAGCUCCUCCUAUGCAGGGACCAGACAACAACAACGGAAUGGGUGUAGGUGGGGCUGUGGGUGCAGAUGGCUGCAGGCUGGGCUUUGUGCUGUCCGGACCAGGAGUUUGUGUUUCUCAGUGUGACAUUGAGCCAAACUUUUGCUUCAACGGAGGGAUGUGCACUGUGGUGGCAGGAAUGGGUGCCUUCUGCAGGUGUAACGUACAGGACUACAUCUGGAAUAAAGGCCUGCGCUGUGAAUGGGCCGUCACAGAGUUCCAGGUGUUGUGCGUUGUGGUGGCCGUGGCCUGCUUCGUCUUCCUCCUGCUCUUCAUGAUCAUCGUGUUCUUCGCCAAGAGCCUGUACCGCCUCAAAAACGAGAACAUGCGCCUUCGCAAACGCAGUAAGUACCGCCCCCAGAGCAGCGAGCCGCAGACGGAUGGCCUCUCGGUUUCGACGACAGCUGACGGGUCGCAGCCAAAUGUAAGGAAACUGUGUGACACCCCUCCGCCUGCCCCCCAAGCUCAUACUCACAACCUGGCGUACUAUGACAACAUUAUCUGUCAGGACGAGCCACAGAAGAAGGAGAACCAAGCCAAAUCCCCCCUGCCUAAAGAGGAGGGGUCCAUGAACAUCCUGAACUCCCACUCUCCCAAGCACGAGAACAACCGCCCUGCCUCCGUCGUCCAUGGCCACACCCCCAACAACACGGAGGAAAACGCAGAGGAUGGAGUCACCAUUGGCCUGGAAGUGCUACUGCCCAAAGAGGCCAAGCUGCACCAGGAGGUCAGUCCACCACUUCAGUACGAUGUCUUCCUCUACAAAGUUGCCAACAAUGGAGACUCCACCUCUCACAGCCAAGGAGCUCCCUCUAACUCCGUCUCUCAACCCGUUCCCAAAUCGCCCAAAUCACCUAAACUCACCAUGGGUGCCGCGUCUGGGAGGCACUCCUCACCCAGCCGUCACUCCUUAUCUGGUCGCCACCCAUCACCCAGUCGUCACCCAGCACCUGGGUGUCACCCUAAUUCCCCCCACGCUUCCUCCCAACAGAAAUGUCUUCCCGGCCUCUCCUCCACCCCUCCUCAGCAGCGAAGCCCCCGAGGCGGAGCUCCCAGUUCUGCGAGGUGGAGAGACCACCAGAGCGGACCCAUUCACUCAUCUCCCUCUUCGCCUCAUCUCACCCAGCUGCCUCCAUCGCCAUCCAGAGCAAAGUGCAGCGCGGUCAGCACCCGCUCUCUGCCGCCUCUCUCCUGACCAAAUGUUUCCUGUCUAUCCCCCAACAACUUGCACAUUCAAACACACAAAAAUAUGUCUUUGUCCCAUCUGUGUGGUCCAGUUUUGUACCAGUUUUUGUAGAUAUUUGACCAAACUACCCAUCUGUGCGCUCUCAACCCACACAUUUAUUACUCAGAGGAAAACGGACCGCACAAGGUUCAACGGACUGGAGCUGGAAGUGCUAGAAUUCAACAUGGAUGCACAAAACUACAAAAGGCAAAUCAUUCUGUUGUCGCUGCAGCCUCAGAUAUUAUCUUUGAUGUGAAUAACAAGCUUUCUAAACUCAGGUUCAAGACACCUCAGACACAACCCCCAUAGCGCGGUGCCAACGUCAGCAGAAACUGAGGAGGACGUAGCUCAGAAAAACGUAAUACUGUUAUCAUUGUUUUAUAUGAAUCUUUUGCUAAAAAAUUUUUUUGUUUUCAUGUUUCUAAUCCUAAAUAAAUAAUAAAGAGAGAACAACGGCC